GCAGACACACAGACAAGAGACAGCCCCGCGGAGACAUGUAGACAAGGAUAAUGACAGGAACGCGGCAGACACAGGCACUGAGGGAGCCUAGAUGAGUAGAUAUGCAGGUGCACACGGAGACAGACACCGGGACCCACACACAGCCGACCUUGUCAGACAGACUGGUGAACACAGCGCCCAGUCAGAGGCAGACACAACGCCCUCAGUGACACAUAGCGGGCCAGGGCCAGCACUGUCACUCCUCGGCUGUUACUGAGGCGGAGACGCGGGUGAUGAUUGGCUUUCUGUAGAGAAGAAGUCCUGUGAUUGGUCAAAUCUCGAGCUACCUGAAGCUGUGAGAGGACCCUCCCACCGAGGCCUGAAUUGGCUGCGAAAGACCAGGGACUGCCAUUUGGGGACAGUGGACACUUCUUGUUAAGAGCAUUUGGAGCUGGACCAUUGUCCCAGAGAGCUGGGGCAGGGGGCUGUGCCCUAUCUCCAGGGCUCCUGGGGCCACUGCUGACCUGGCUGGAUGCAUCGAGCAGUGGACCCUCCAGGGGCCCGCACUGCACGGGAAGCCUUUGCCCUUGGGGGUCUAAGCUGUGCUGGGGCUUGGAGCUCCUGCCCACCCCACCCUCCUCCUCGAAGCACAUGGCUGCCUGGGGGCAGAUGCUCUGCCAGCAUCGGGCAGCCCCCGCUCCCUCCUCCCCUACCCCCUUCACAUGGCAGUAGCUCUGGGCAUGCCAGCAAACCGUAUUAUGCUCCCGCGACGCCCACUCCAAGACCCCUUCAUGGGAAGUUGGAAUCUCUGCAUGGCUGUGUGCAGGCGCUGCUCCGGGAGCCAGCCCAGCCAGGGCUGUGGGAACAGCUUGGACAGCUAUAUGAGUCCGAGCAUGAUAGUGAAGAGGCCAUUCGUUGCUAUCACAGUGCCCUUCGAUAUGGAGGAAGCUUCGCUGAGUUGGGGCCCCGCAUUGGCCGGUUACAGCAGGCUCAGCUCUGGAAUUUCCAUGCUGGCUCCUGCCAGCACCGAGGCAAGGUCCUGCCCCCCCUGGAGCAAGUGUGGAACUUGCUGCACCUCGAGCACAAACGGAACUACGGGGCUAAGCGAGGGGGUCCUCCGGUGAAGCGAGCUGCUGAGCCCCCGGUGGUGCAGCCUAUGCCUCCUGCGCCACUCUCAGGUCCCUCGGGAGAGGAGGGCCUCAGUCCUGGAGGCAAGCGCAGGAGAGGCUGCAGUUCUGAACAGACUGGCCUUCCUCCUGGCCUGCCACUCCCUCCACCACCAUUACCGCCGCCGCUGCCACCACCACCACCACCGCCGCUGCCUGGCCUGGCUACAAGCCCCCCAUUUCAGCUGACCAAGCCAGGACUGUGGAGUAACCUGCAUGGAGAUGCCUGGGGCCCUGAACGUAAGGGUUCAGCACCCCCAGAACGCCAGGAGCAGCGGCAUUCACUGCCUCAUCCAUAUCCAUACCCAGCUCCUGCCUACACUGCGCAUCCUCCCAGCCACCGGCUGCUCCCAGCCACACCCCCAGGCCCAGGCCCCCGCCCCCCAGGAGCAGAGAGCCAUGGCUGCCUGCCUGCUACCCGUCCCCCCGGAAGUGACCUUAGAGAGAGCAGAGUUCAGAGGUCGCGGAUGGACUCCAGUGUUUCACCAGCAGCAACUAAUGCCUGCGUGCCUUAUGCCCCUUCCCGGCCCCCUGGUCUCCCUGGCACCAGCAGCAGCAGUAGCAGCAGCAGCAGCAGCAGCAGCACCGGUCUCCGGGACAUGGAGCCCAGCCCAGGCAUUCCCGGCGCAGACCAUUACCAAACUCCCACUCUAGAAGUCUCUUCUCAUCAUGGCCGCUUGGGGCCUUCGGCACACAGCAGUCGGAAACCAUACUUGGCAGGUUCUGCUGCCACUCCCCACCUGUCCUUGCCACCUGGGAUCCCAUCACCCCCUCCACCCACUUGUCCCCGCAUUUUACGCCCUCCACCACCCUCUGCCUGGAUGAAGGGCCCAGCCUGCCGGUCAGCCCGAGAGGAUGGAGAAAUCUUAGAUGAGCUCUUCUUUGGGGCUGAGGGCCCCCCCCGCCCUCCCCCACCACCCCUCCCCCACCGUGAGGGCUUUUUGGGGCCUCCAGCCCCCCGCUUUUCUGUGGGCACUCAGGAUUCGCACACCCCUCCCACUCCCCCAACCACCACCACCACCAGCAACAGCAACAGCGACAGCCACAGCAGCAGCCCUCCUGGGCCUGUGCCCUUCCCCACACCCCCUUAUCUGGCCAGAAGUGUGGACCCUCUUCCCCGGCCACCCAGCCCGACACUGAGCCCCCCAAACCCGCCUCUCCCACCUCUGACUCUUGCCCUGCCGCCCGCCCCUUCUCCCUCCUGCCACCAAAAUACCUCAGGAAGCUUCAGGCACUCGGAGAGCCCUCGGCCCAGGGUCUCCUUCCCAAAGACCCCCGAGGUGGGGCCGGCGCCGCCCCCGAGCCCCCUGAGUAAAGCCCCCCAGCCUAUGCCACCUGGGGUUGGAGAGCUGCCUGCUGGAGGCCCGCGGCUCUUUGAUUUCCCCCCAAACCCCCUGGAGGACCAGUUUGAAGAGCCGGCCGAAUUCAAGAUCCUCCCUGACGGGCUGGCUAACAUCAUGAAGAUGCUGGACGAAUCCAUUCGAAAGGAGGAGGAGCAGCAGCAGCAGCAGCAAGAGGCUGGCGCGGUCCCCCCGCCCCCACUGAAAGAGCCCUUUGCGUCUCUGCAGCCUCCAUUUCCCAGCGACACGGCCCCAACCACCGCUGCUGCCGCCACCACUGCCACCACCACCACUAGCAGCAUCAGCACCCAGGCAGAGGAGAAGCAGCCACCACCAGCCCUGCCUCCGCCGCCGCCUCUCGCCAAGUUCUCCCCAGCCCCCCAGCCCCAGCCCCAGCCCCAGCCACCCCCACCACCUCCGGCAGCCAGCCCGGCCAGCCUGCUCAAAUCUUUGGCCUCCGUGCUGGAGGGACAGAAGUACUGUUACCGGGGGACUGGAGCAGCUGUUUCUACCCGACCUGGGCCCUUGCCCACCACUCAGUAUUCCCCUGGUCCUGCAUCAGGUGCUACCACCCAGCCACUCACUUCAGUGGCCCCUAGCGCCCAGGGCUCCCCAAAGCCCUCUGCUUCCUCGUCAUCUCAGUUCUCUACCUCAGGCGGGCCCUGGGCCCAGGAGUGCAGGGCAGGUGAAGAGCCAGUCCCAGGCCCUGCAGCCCCUGCCCAGCUGCCCCCAACCCUGCCACUGCCCCCUGCUCGCUCUGAGUCUGAGGUGCUAGAAGAAAUCAGUCGGGCUUGUGAGACCCUUGUGGAGCGGGUAGGCCGGAGUGCCAUCGACACAGCAGAGCCCGUGGACAGCGGGGCCGAGCGGCUGCUGCCUCCUCCGCAGGCCAAGGAGGAGAGUGGCGGGGCGGCGGCGGCGGCGGCGGCAGGGCCGGGCAGUGGGAAGCGCCGGCAGAAGGAGCACCGGCGGCACAGGAGGGCCUGCAAGGACAGCGUGGGUCGCCGGCCCCGCGAGGGGAGGGCCAAGGCCAAGGCCAAAGCCCCCAAAGAGAAGAGCCGCAGGGUGCUGGGGAACUUGGACCUGCAGAGUGAGGAGAUACAGGGCCGGGAGAAGGCCCGGCCUGAUCUAGGUGGGGCCUCUAAGGUCAAGCCACCCACAGCUCCAGCCCCUCCACCAGCUCCUUUACCCUCUGCCCAGCCCACACCCCCGUCAACCCCUGUCCCUGGAAAGAAGGCUCGAGAGGAAGUUCCAGGGCCUCCAGGCGUGAGCCGUGCAGACAUGCUGAAACUUCGGUCACUCAGUGAGGGGCCCCCCAAGGAGCUGAAGAUACGGCUCAUCAAGGUAGAGAGUGGUGACAAGGAGACUUUUAUCGCCUCUGAGGUGGAAGAGCGGCGUUUGCGCAUGGCAGACCUCACCAUCAGCCACUGUGCUGCUGACGUUGUGCGUGCCAGCAAGAAUGCCAAGGUGAAAGGGAAGUUUCGAGAAUCUUACCUUUCCCCUACCCAGUCUGUGAAACCGAAGAUCAACACUGAGGAGAAGCUGCCCCGAGAAAAACUCAACCCUCCGACCCCCAGCAUCUAUCUGGAGAGCAAACGGGACGCCUUCUCACCGGUGCUGCUGCAGUUCUGUACGGACCCUAGAAACCCCAUCACCGUGAUCCGGGGCCUGGCAGGUUCCUUGCGGCUCAACCUGGGUCUCUUCUCUACCAAGACACUGGUGGAAGCCAGUGGUGAGCACACUGUGGAGGUGCGCACCCAGGUGCAGCAGCCCUCCGAUGAGAACUGGGAUCUGACAGGUACCCGGCAGAUCUGGCCCUGUGAGAGCUCCCGAUCACACACCACCAUUGCCAAGUAUGCCCAGUACCAGGCCUCAUCCUUUCAGGAGUCACUGCAGGAGGAGAAGGAGAGUGAGGAUGAGGAGUCAGAGGAGCCAGACAGCACCACAGGAACCCCUCCCAGCAGUGCACCAGACCCGAAGAACCAUAAUAUCAUCAAGUUUGGCACCAACAUCGACCUGUCUGAUGCCAAGCGGUGGAAGCCCCAGCUACAGGAGCUGCUGAAGCUGCCGGCCUUCAUGCGGGUGACAUCUACAGGCAACAUGCUUAGUCAUGUAGGCCAUACCAUCCUGGGCAUGAACACGGUGCAGCUGUACAUGAAGGUUCCUGGCAGCCGCACACCAGGCCACCAAGAGAAUAACAACUUUUGCUCUGUCAAUAUCAACAUUGGCCCUGGCGACUGCGAGUGGUUUGCAGUCCAUGAGCACUACUGGGAGACCAUCAGCGCCUUCUGCGAUCGGCACGGCGUGGACUACUUGACCGGUUCCUGGUGGCCAAUCCUGGAUGACCUCUAUGCUUCCAAUAUUCCUGUGUACCGCUUUGUGCAGCGCCCUGGAGACCUUGUGUGGAUUAACGCAGGGACUGUGCACUGGGUGCAGGCUACUGGCUGGUGUAACAACAUUGCUUGGAACGUGGGGCCCCUCACUGCCUAUCAGUACCAGCUGGCCCUGGAACGCUAUGAGUGGAACGAGGUGAAGAACGUCAAAUCCAUUGUGCCCAUGAUUCAUGUGUCCUGGAAUGUGGCUCGCACGGUCAAAAUCAGCGACCCUGACUUGUUCAAGAUGAUCAAGUUCUGUCUCUUGCAGUCCAUGAAGCAUUGCCAAGUGCAACGGGAAAGCCUGGUGCGUGCAGGGAAGAAAAUCGCUUACCAGGGCCGGGUCAAAGAUGAGCCCGCCUACUAUUGCAAUGAGUGCGAUGUGGAGGUGUUCAACAUCCUGUUCGUGACGAGUGAGAAUGGAAGUCGAAAUACGUACCUGGUGCACUGUGAGGGCUGUGCUCGGCGUCGCAGCGCGGGGCUACAAGGCGUGGUGGUGCUGGAGCAGUACCGAAUGGAGGAGCUGGCACAGGCCUAUGAUGCCUUCACUCUGGCCCCCGCCAGCACGUCUCGAUGAAGCCGGACGCCCCGCCCGCCCGCCCAUCCGCCAGCAGGGCGCCGCGGGGUCACCAGCACACGCCUGGGCUGGACCUAGGUCCCGCCCCUGGCCGGGAAGGGGGUCGGGCCCUAGCCCUUCCACCAUAUUGGCAGCUCCCCUUGCUUAAUUUAUUAAAUUUUUUUUUAAAUAUGAGGAAAAAAAGGAAAAAAAAAAAAGGGAGACGGGGAGGGGGCUGGCAGCCCCUUGCCCACCAGCGCCUCCCCUCACCGACUUUGGCCUUUCUAGCAACAGACACAAGGACCAGGCUCCUGCAGCGGUGGUGGCGGCAGCGGCGGGGGUCACUUACGGGUUCCCUCACGCGUGCCCGCCGCGCGCCUGCCCACCAAGCCCGCCAGCUCAGAUGCUCGCGGCUCGUGUAUGUACAUAGACUUUUGGCAGCCGAGGUUUUUAAUGAGAUUCCUUCUAUGGGCUUUAUCCCUCCCCCAGAACCUCCUUUUUUACUUUCAAUGCUAGCUGUGAUCCCUGUACAUGUCUCUGUUCAUUCAAUUGGUUAUGAUUUGUAUUUUUUGUUCUUUUUGUUUUUGGUUUUUAAUUUAUAACAGUCCCACUCACCUCUAUUUAUUCAUUUUUGGGAAAACCCAACCUCCUGCACCCCGAAGCCAUCCCUCCCGCCCCUCUGGGGAUGCCCGCUGCAGGGGUCUCCCUAUGCCCCAGGGUAUGUCUGGGCUCUACCCGUUCGUCCUUGCCUGCCCGCGGCUCCAGCCGGGCUCUCAUGGUGCUCAAACCCGCUCGCCUACCCAAGUCCUGCACUUUUCUUGGACCAGUCCCCCCACUCCCAACCCCACCCCCAAUCCCACCUGAGGGUGAGCGACUCCUGUACUGUAGGGGAAGAAGUGGGAACUGAAAUGGUAUUUUGUAAAAAAAUAAAUAAAUAAAUAAAAAAUUUAAAAGUUUUAAAGAAAGAACUAUGAGGAAAAGGAACCCAUCCUCCCCAGCCCCGGCCAAUUUACAAAUCAUUGGACCUACUCCCUUCCCCGCCCCCUUUUAAGCGUGUGACCACCGCCCGGGGCCAGGGCCUCACUGGGGUAGGGACACCCCGGGGUGAGUUUCUCUGGGGCUUUUUCAUUUUCUUAGUUUUCUCCCGCUGGGGCUGCGGAGGGGUGGGGGUUUACAGUCCGCCCCCCUCGCACUGCACUGUCUCUCUGCCCCAGGGGCAGAGGGGUCUUCCCAACUCUACCCUAUUUUCGGUGAUUUUUGUGUGAGAAUAUUAAUAUUAAAAAUGAAUCAGAAAAACAA